AGCACGGGAACUUAGGAAAUCGUCUUCACUUAAACUAUACAAAGCCCGAAAACUUUGGAACCUUUCAAACCGAAAACGCAUCGAAAGCACCUAAACCUUUACUUACCUAACGAAAUUUGAACAAAUUGCGAAGUAUAUCCACCUCCCCCAAAUUUAUAUCCCUCCAAAUCUGCGCUUUCGCAAUUCCACCCAGAACGAUGCACAGUCACCAAUCACACAAUUGCACAAACUUCGCACGUACAUACAUACAAAUGUAUUCUUUGCGAUAAACUGAGACUCCUCUAUUUGUUGCGUGUAGGGUGUGAAAAUAUCAAAACAUACAAAACAAAUCAAAGAGAUAUUGCAAUUUCUCUUUUAUUAAGUGUAAUGUAUAAAAGACUAUAGACAUGAUAAACAAUUUCAGUUGCAUCUCAGUCAUUGGUGUGUGGUAUAGCAUUUUUUCGCUGAGAGAAUGUGGAAGAAAGCGAUGCUGCCACUGCUGCUGCUGCUGCUGCUGCUCACCGCAUUACUCUUAGCACAGUUGGUCGCAGCAACGGAAUCAACGCAACUGCCAGUUAAUGCAAAAGACAUCAGUACCAGUAAUAGUAGCACAGAGCGCUCCAUAGAGACAACAUUGGAUAUAAAUGACAAAGACGACGAUGCUCAUGAUGACGCUGAUGAAGCAACAGUUGAAACAUAUGAAGAAACUGCUGAUGAUGAUGAGGAGAGCAGCGUAGUGACAAAGAAAGCGAUACCGCAAUUAAUGAAAACAACACCACCCAGUGAAGAUGCUGACGCAGGCGUAAGCGUAGGCGAAGGCAAAGGCGAUGCCGGUGACGACGUUGGGAGUGUUGAGGAUGAAGGCGAUGUCGAUGACGAUGGCGAAACCACUACGCCCGACGAGGGUAGUGGGGGUGGCGGUGGCGGUGGCGGUGGCGAUGACGGUGACGAUGAAGCUGGUGGCGAAGACGUCAGCGGCGGCGGAGACAGUGAUGCCACUACUGUUGCCGGUGUUGGCGAUGAAGGCGAUGAAACAACCGAGCUGUUGCCGCCACUUAAGCUACGCGGGCGCGAUCGGCUUGCGGUUAUAAUGAUGCGCGAAGUUACCCAGUUGAUUGAUUAUGCAUUGGAGCAACAGAGAUCGGUCGUCAACCAGUUUCUACAAGACGACACAAUUGAGAUGGUGAAAUGUGCAACAAUGGAGGCGGUGAAAAAGAGCUGCGCCUCAUUUAUAGCGGGUGUAAGAGACGCCCUCAAAAUGAACAAAGGCGAUGAUUUUGCAACACAGUUUAUACGAUUCGGUGUGAAAACGUUGAUGGCGAGAAAUUUCGAAGCAUUUGUGGAUCAACAUAAUACGACGCGCAUAAAGCAACCGACAGCGGAAAAUGUGAUUAUUGAUAAUGCGCUGAAGAAGGCGGGUGUGUUGCAGAUCGAAUUGGAAAUGCAGCAACGUUUUGUGGAAUUUUCAAAAAUGUUCAAUACAACAGUGGGUGAAUAUGUGGAUCGGCUAUUGCCGAGUGAACGGAAGUUAGAUGAAACAUUGGUGGUGUGGUAUGGAGAGUUUAAUGCAGCGACGAAUGUUAGUAGUCAAGUGAGUGCGUUGGCAAAAUUUUUACCGCUGUACAAAAAUAUUUUUGAUAUCGAAAUUGAGUCGAAUUGAUGAGUGAUAAGAGGGUCGGGAAAAAUUUAAAAAUCAACAGUAUAAAAUAUAGUUAUAAAA